AUGGGGAUUGACAUAAAUGGAACGAAGCUGAGAAUACUAAUUUAUGCAGAUGACAUCACAAUUCUGGCGAACAAUACGGAAGAACUAAAAGAGAUGACAGAAAAGGUAGAAGAAGCGACGAAGAGGAUUGGACUCAGAUUGAAUAAAGAGAAGACAUGCUGGAUGGGAAAUGUGGAAGGAGUACUGAGAAUUCAGAAUCUGGAGAUUCAGAAGACCGAGAAGUGCAAAUAUUUGGGUCAGACGUUGACGUUUCCAAAUGAGCAUAGCGAAGAGAUAAAGGACAGAAUCAGAAGUGGAUGGUGCAAGUUCCAGGAAGUUAAAUGGCUGCUGAUGAACAAGAAGACUCCCACAUCACUGAAGGCGAAAUACUACAAGAUGUGUAUUGAACCCGCGUUGCUGUACGGGGCAGAAACUUGGGCAUGGACAAAAGCGGAUCGAAUCAAGCUCAGCAGAAGUCAAAAGAAGAUGGAAAGAAUGAUGUGUAAUGUAAAGUUAAGAUGGGGAAUUAGAAGCAAAAGAAUAAGAAGAUGGACAGGUCUAGAUGAAGUGGUGGUGAAGGCAACGGAAAGAAAGUGGAAGUUUGGAAGGAGUGUAGUCAAAAUGCCUGAAGAUAGAUGGGAAAGGAAAAUUACGACCUGGAAACCUGAUGGCAAAAGACCGAUUGGCAGACCUCGUACACGGUGGCAGGAUGAGACAAGGAAGAAGGUUGGAAUAGACUGGAUGGAGGCGGAAGAUGGAAGAUGGCAAGAAGCUCUCAGGCACUACACCGAAGAAAUCAAAGAUUAUUGUCACAUUUAA